GCCCCGCCCCGGCGGGCCCUUGCCGUACCCGCGGGUCAGAGCCGCACUGCUCAGGGUCGGACCGCUUAGCAACGCACCGCAUCGCUCCGCAGCGGACAGGCAGCUGUAAUCAUGGAGAACCUGAGUAAUGCCAACAGCAGAUUUGCACUUGACCUGCUCAGAAGGUUUAAUGAGACCAACCCAACAGGAAACCUCUUCUACUCUCCUCUCAGCGUUUCUGCUGCUCUGGCCAUGGUCCUUUUAGGGGCCAAAGGUAACACCGAGUCACAGAUGCUGAAGACACUUCAUUUUGACAAAGUUGAAGAUGUCCAUUCAAGAUUUCGGACUCUGACGAUGGAUGUGAACAGAAGCAAUGCUCCCUACCUCCUGCGGCUUGCCAGUCGGCUUUUUGGAGAGAAGACCUACAGCUUUUUGCCUGAUUUCCUGACUAAUACUCAGAAAUUAUACGGUGCUGACUUGGCCACAGUUGAUUUUGGUCGGGCUUGUGAUGAAGCCAGGAAAGAAAUUAACCAGUGGGUAGAGGAGAAAACUGAAGGUAAAAUCCCUGAUCUGCUGUCUGAAGGCUCAGUUAGUAGCAUGACCAAGCUCGUACUGGUGAAUGCUAUUUAUUUCAAAGGGAACUGGGCAGAGAAAUUUGCAGAAGCUGACACCACUGACAAGCCAUUUCGGUUGAAUAAGAAUGAAAGAAAGACAGUAAAAAUGAUGUAUCAGAAAAAGAAAUUCCAUUUUGCAUACAUCCCUGAAGUGAAGAUUCGUGUUCUAGAGCUGCCUUACGAGGAAGAAGAACUUAGUAUGAUCAUCUUGUUACCUGAUGACAUUGAAGAUGACUCCACUGGACUGCAGAAGCUGGAGAAGCAGCUUACCUUAGAGAAGCUCCAAGAAUGGACAUGUCCACAGCGUCUGUAUUCCACUGAUGUUCAUGUGCAUUUGCCAAAGUUCAAGCUAGAAGAAAGCUAUGACCUUGGAUCAGAUUUAGCAGCUCUGGGCUUGUUGGACGUAUUUGAGAGUGGCAAGGCUGACUUGUCAGGAAUGUCAGGGGCACGUGACCUCUUUAUCUCUAAAAUCGUCCACAAGGCUUUUGUAGAAGUGAAUGAGGAAGGCACAGAAGCUGCAGCUGCCACCGCUGUCAUGUGUGGCAUUACUAUGGUCCACAUGGCUAUAGAAGAGAAUUUCAAUGCUGACCAUCCUUUCUUUUUCUUUAUUCGCCACAACCCAACACAGAGCAUACUCUUCUUUGGCAGGUGCACUUCUCCAUGAAAGACACUUAAUCAUUUGCACAUCAGUUUCUGCUGCAGUCAGUUUCACUCCUGUAGGAAGUUAAUGCUCUGGUCUUGAGUUUCUGGUAGAUUCUGCCUUUCCCAUUUAAACAAUCUCAGAGAAACUGAGGAGUGAUUUAUUUUUCUCUUGAGAUGAUUGACAUCAUCUCUACUAACUAGGCAAAUCUUAACUGCAGGGAGAAGAAAGCUUGUGAAAUUGCACUCCUGGAAGAGACAUGUGCCUUUCAAAAGCAUGACAUUCUGGCCUGAACCUGGAGAACCUAAAAAAGAGACUCCAGUUUUCUAGAGAAUGACUGUGCAUAAUCUGCAGCAAAUAUCCAAUGUGUCUUUUUAUGCACAAGGAUUCAGCAUUUACUGUGCUGACAUCCAUUACAUCUUUAUACACAAACAUGUACUGUACAACAGCCUGAUGCCUGAGAACCUCUGUGAUCACAUACUGCUGGUGCUCUCAGUUUAUUUCUGAAGCUUGUUUGUUUGCAUUCUGUACAUUUUGGGUACUGUAACUUUUACCUGUACAACCUCAGUUCUAAGCAGGGCAAAAUAAUUUCUAUUAUUUGCAAACUGUAUCAUAAUUUUGUCUUUUAGCAACAAAUAAAACUCUUCAACUUCUGGUCAAAA